ACAAAAGCUCAGAGGAGUUGAAGCUGAGGCAGCUGGGAGGGAGAGCAGCAGACCGUCCCAACUCUUCACCAUGACUCCUGCUCUGUUGGCAUUGGUGCUGUCUUUGCUGGCCACAGUGGCCCCCCAGUCUCAGGACCACUACGACAUGGAGUGGGUGAACGCCUAUCGACAGGGGUUCAACUUCCAGUGUGCACACGGAGAAGCUCUGGUUGCCAUCAGGAGCUACUUCAGUGAGACGGAGGGCUCUGACCGCUUGUGGUCCUUCGAAUGCCAGCCCACACCUGAGGGACUGGGCGAGCCCAGUGACUGCUGGUGGGACGACAUCAAUCGCGCUGGGCUGGAGUGGACCUCCACAUGCACCCGGAACGGCCUGGUGGCUGGUGUUCAAAGCAAGUACUUUGAGUCUGUUCUGGACCGUGAGUGGCAGUUCUACUGCUGCUACUACAAACGCCGCUGCCCCUACUCCUGCAUGAAGACCAAUGACAUUCCAUUAUACUACAAAGAAGAAGCAGAGCUGGUUGUUCCGACUUAUGGAUACUUCAUCCGAGGUGCUCAGACCACCUUCAGCGGAGUCUUGAGAGAUCGGCAGUGGAAGUACAUCCUUUGCAGAAUGACAGACUUUGACUGUGAAUUUGAGAAUUUAUAAACUGCUAAACAAUCUUUUGCUCUUUCGUUUUAAAAUAAUGACACCAAAUGAGACUAAAGCUACGUUCACACCGCCCUCGGCAAUGUGCGUUCAAGCAACCACUUCCAAUGAAAAGUCAACGAUUUCCUGUAGAUGCAUACGUUUCUACGACUAUUUUCGGGCUCUACAUACAAAGCACUGUGAAUCCACAGUUAAAGUUAAACCAGGUCAGACUUUGUCCAAUCAGGGACUCAGAUUUGGUAGUCAGCCUCUGUCAGCUUCUUCUAAAUAUAGGUGGAGGACAUGCGCUAGCAAACAGUAGAAACACAAAACAAGAAGAAGCCCCUCCCUGGUUGUUCAGUGUGAACACCAUGGGCUGAUUCAAGAACGUCACAUGCCUGGUGAGAACAUAGCUUUAGAUAUUUUAUGUUUAUGUACCCUUUGUUUUCAGGAAUGUGCUUCUAAUCACACAUUUCAUUAGCUUAGCAUGACUAAAGUUUCAUAUUAUGAAGAGAUAACUGGAAAUGUGAGCUGCAGGUGUGCAGGAGAUUUGGACUUCACUUUGUAGAGCUUUCCUGCAGAUAUGUGUGCAGCUGGAAGGCUUUGGCCUGAUGUCAAAGUGCUUAGCAUUGCAAAAGCAAUUAUUUGAUACUGUGCUCAUGGUGGUGGAAAACACCAGGAUUCCGGCUCUGCUCCAAAAGAACCGUAGAUGUCUCUGAUCCCAGAUGAAGUCGUGUGACAUCCAGACUCAUAACAGCAGUGGAAUAUUCUCAGAGUGAUUCUGCUUAGAAAAAUAGUUGGGAGUAUUGAGUCUCUGGCAGCAUGAGCUCCACAAACAAUAAACUCUUUCCCACCUGUUUUCUAUUGACGCCAAGCCAUCUCUGUUUUAUUAAAAUAACAGUUUGACAGUUAUGUAAUUUACUCGAAAGCUUACAUAACGGUGUGAAAAGGUGAAU